AUGUCAGACUCCGUCCCCCACGUCGGCCGCAGACCGGCCACGGUCCUCUCCGCCACCGAGCUCAUCGGCAACACCCCGCUGGUGCGGCUCAACAAGGUGCCGCAGUCGCUCGGCAUCGAGUGCGAGGUCUACGUCAAGGCCGAGCUGUUCAACGCCGGCGGCAGCGUCAAGGACCGCAUCGCCCUGCGCAUGGUCGAGGAGGCCGAGAAGAGCGGCCGCAUCAAGCCCGGCGACACGCUGAUUGAGCCCACCUCUGGCAACACCGGCAUCGGCCUCGCCCUCGUCGGCGCCAUCAAGGGCUACAAGACCAUCAUCACCAUGCCCGAGAAGAUGUCGGCCGAAAAGGUCUCGGUCCUGCGCGCCCUCGGCGCCACCAUCAUCCGCACCCCGACCCAGGCCGCCUGGGACGCGCCCGAGUCGCACAUUGGCGUCGCGCGCCGCCUCGAAAAGGAGAUCCCCAACGCCCACAUCCUCGACCAGUACGGCAACGUCGACAACCCGCGCGCGCACGAGCUCGGCACCGCCGAGGAAAUCUGGGAGCAGACGGGCGGCAGGGUCGACGCCAUCGUCGCCGGCGCCGGCACCGGCGGCACCAUCACCGGCCUCGCGCGCGGCCUCCGCAAGCACAACAAGGACGUCAAGGUCAUCGCCGCCGACCCCCACGGCAGCAUCCUCGCCCUGCCCGAGGCCCUCAACGACGAGCACGCCAACCAGCCGUACAAGGUCGAGGGCAUCGGCUACGACUUUAUCCCCGAGGUGCUCGACCGCCCGCUCGUCGACAAGUGGUACAAGACGGACGACGAGGAGUCCUUCCUCCUCGCCCGCCGCCUCAUCGCCGAGGAGGGCCUGCUCGUCGGCGGCAGCUCCGGCUCCGCCAUGGCCGCCAUGCUCAAGGCCGUCCGCGACUACGGCUUCAAAAAGGGCGACGUCGUGGUCGUGGUCCUCCCCGACAGCAUCCGCAGCUACCUGUCCAAGUUUGCCGACGACGACUGGCUCGCGGCCAACAACCUCCUGCCCGUCAACGGCAUCGAGGUGGCGUCCGUCACCGCGCCCAACGGCAAGACCACGACGUCGGGCGACCCCUACGAGGGCGCCACCAUUGCGUCCCUGCGCCUCAAGCCCGUCACCUCGGUCGCCGCGACGGCCGAGUGCGCCGAGGCCGUCGAGACGAUGCGCGACAAGGGCUUCGACCAGCUGCCCGUGCUCGCCGCCUCGGGCAAGCUCGUCGGCGUCGUCACGCUCGGCAACCUGCUCUCCUACAUCUCCAGCGGCCGCGCCACCCCGCAGACGCAGGUCAAGGACGUCAUGUUUGACUUUGGCCGCAUGGACGAGAUUGUGACGGACCCGCGCCAGGCGGCCACGGCCUCGUCGAAGCGCAAAUUCGUCGAGAUUACAAUGGACACGUCCCUCACAUACCUCAGCAAGUUCUUCGAGUGGAACAGCGCUGCCGUGGUGACGGAGAAGAGCGCCGACAGCAAAACGCUCGCCAAGCCGGUGGCCGUCGUCACAAAGGUCGACCUGCUGACCUGGAUGGUCAGCAAGAAGAUUUGA